AUGUUCAGCAGAAUUGGGUUUGUAACCAGAAGGAUUUCAAGCCGUUGCUUUAGUAGCACGCGGUUUAUUAGUGCCAAGAAGAACAAUGCUUCACGCGAGGCUGCUCCCCAGAUGGAGGUGUUUGACAUCAAGUCAUAUCUGGAUAAGACGGUAAAGAGGUACGAGACUGCCGUGGAGCUUUACAAGAAGAAGCUAGCUACAAAAAAACUGGGCGGCGCAGACCCUAAUAUGUUCAACCACUUGACAGUGGAGAAGCUGAACUCCAAGUUUACAGACGUUGCUGCAACGUCCAUGAAAGGCCGCAACGCGCUGCUAAUCACCGUUUUCGACCCAAAGGAUACCAAGCACAUUAUAAGCACGAUUUUGAGCUCUGGCAUGAACAUAAACCCGGAACGUGUUCCUAAUAAUGAGCAGCAGCUGAAGGUUACGCUGCCUCCGUUCACCACCGAGACCCGGCAAGCCUGUUGCAAGGAACUAAAGCAGCUGUUCGAAGAAUACAAAGGCACUGGAAGCAAGAAUUCCCUGGGCAGUAUACGUUCUUCUGUGAUGAAGGAAAUGAAGGCGUUGCAGAAGAAAAACGAUAAAGUCGAUAAAGCUAUUCAAGAUAUCGAAAAGUUGCACAAGAAGUACAUAGAUUUGAUGCAGGAUCAGCUGAAGCAAGCGCAGAAAAAUGUCAUGAACUAA